ACAGUAUUCUUUUUUCCCUUUUAUAUAAUGUUAUCGAUCAGAUACAGGAUUCAGAAAUGUCACUUUAUACUAGCGAUGACAAUUGGAAUAGUAAUUUCAUAUAUAUAGAAUAAUGUCAAGCAUUUAGACCAAAGGACACAAAUGGAACUUCCUGACAAACAAAUAUCAUUGGUUGCUGCUUUUCCUAAACGUCAAUUAUGUUAGAUCGAUUACGUGCUAUAAAUACUCAACUCCAAAAUCAUCGUUUGCCCACACUGCUAGUUAAAUCCAACUAUUUAUUGUUUCUCAACAUACAUAUAGUUCCUUCUAGAUUACUCUGGUGUAGUUUCCCUUCUGAAAAUGGGAUCACGAUACGAAGUUGAAGUAAAGAUAACCUCAGCCAACGAUUUGAAGAACGUCAACUGGCGUUACGGUCCCCUGAAGCCGUACGCAGUUGUCUGGGUUGACCCCAACGCUAAAUGCUCUACUAAAGUCGACGAAGACGGCGAUACAUCUCCUUACUGGAACGAAAAACUCGUCGUCCCUUUGAAUUCUCCGAUCGACGAUUCCACCUUGUACAUCGACAUCGUUCAUGCGAACGCUGUCGAGGACACCAAGCCUCUCAUCGGAUCCGCUAAGCUUCCCCUUAGCAAAGUCGUCGAUGAUAUUGGCAUAGGUGGUGAGCUGGAGUGUACGCUCCAGCUCAAACGCCCUUCUGGUCGCCCUCAGGGAAAGGUACAAGUGGAGGUUAGCGUACGAGAUCAGCCACGCUAUCGUGCACCAGAUGCGUAUUAUGCACCUCCGUACGGUGUCCCGCCCCCGUCGCAACCUUACGGUAGGGACUACGGGGCUCCGUACACUGCGCCUCCAACUGGUUAUCCUUACAGCGCCACAACUCCUCCUUACGGGCAGCCGGCAUACGGGGAGGGAAGCUACGGGCAGCUAUCUGGUGGGUACGGUUACGAAGAGGAGAAAAAGAAGAGCAAGUUUGGGGGAAUGGGGACAGGAUUGGCUGUGGGUGCAGUAGCAGGGGUAUUGGGUGGAGUGGCGUUGGCGGAGGGCGUCGACCUCUUGGAGGACAAAAUCGCCGAUGACGUGGCGGAGAAGGUGGAGGAUGAUCUCGCCGACGACGAUGGGGACUACGGUGGAGAUGACUUUUAGGAAAUGUUCUUACAGUCUUUUGCCUAAGUUCCUUUUGGCUCCUUUACUUUUCAAUUUGCUAAUAUUCCAAGAGUAUUUUUGACUCUAUGAGUAGUACAUUCUGAUAAUGAGUGGGAAAAAAAAACAAAAAAGGAGAAGGGAAUAAAUAAAGAUUUAUUAUGAAAGUAAAAGCAUGGAUGCUAAUUAUUUUGGAGUGUAUACAAUUUGUUGUGAAUGUACAGUUAUGUGUGUUAAAGUAAGUGCUCUAUUUGCUUUUGA